AUGGCAUCCAUGGCCAAGCUCAUCCUCAUCCACUUUUGGAUACUCGCUCUGUCCAUCCUGUCCAAUGCUGCGAGAUCCUCCUGCUGGCGAAACACCACCUGCUCAGGCCCUAUAGACACCUCGUUCCCCGGGGAAUGGGAAAGCAACAUCUAUGCCCCUGCGUCACGGACAGUCCGUCCAAAGAGUAUCCUCCAUGUUGAAUCUAAAUCUAGGAGUAUCUUUCAAACCGGCUCAGGUCACAAUAUACUUAAAGGCAAUGGCUCCCAAAUCAUCUUCGACUUUGGCCUCGAGGUUGGCGGGAUCGUCACAGUCGAGUAUACCGCUUCAGCUGUAGGAGGAAGCUUGAACCUAGCAUUUACAGAGGCCAAGAACUGGGUCGGACAAGUCUCUGACUCGUCAAAUGGAGCAUUCAAACUCGGAGACGGGCAUUUGUCGUACGAUAUCACAGCUGCCGGCAAGGGAGCUUACACAAUGCCCGACAAGAAACUGCGCGGUGGAUUCAGAUAUCUAACUGUAUUCCUCACCACGACAGCCGACAACGCAACAACAACAACUCUCGACGUAUCCGAUGUUUCCCUAGAAAUUGGCUUCCAGCCCACAUGGUCGAAUCUGCGCGCCUACCAGGGCUAUUUUCAUAGUAAUGAUGAGCUUCUCAAUCGUAUUUGGUACAGUGGUGCAUACACGGUGCAGACGAAUGCAGUGCCUGUGGACACUGGCCGGCAAAUCCCCACGGUGGCUUAUGGAUGGGAUAACAACGCCACGCUGGGACCUGGAGAUACCAUUAUAGUUGACGGCGCCAAGCGAGACCGAGCUGUUUGGCCGGGAGAUAUGGGCAUUGCCGUUCCCUCGUCUUUUGUUAGUAUCGGUGACCUCGACAGUGUGAAGAAUGCGCUGCAGGUCAUGUAUGACACGCAGAAUGCAGACGGUUCCUUUGCCGAAUCUGGCCCGCCUCUGAGCCAACAAAGCUCUGAUACGUACCAUAUGUGGUCCAUGAUUGGAACAUACAAUUAUGUCUUGUUCACAAACGACACAACAUUUCUUGAAGCAAACUGGAAUGGGUAUCAAAAGGCAAUGGAUUACAUCUACGCCAAGGUCGACUUUCCAAGCGGUCUCUUAAACGUGACGGGCCUUAGGGACUGGGCAAGAUGGCAGCAGGGAUUCAACAACUCCGAGGCACAGAUGAUCUUGCACCAAACGCUCAAAACCGGUGCCGAACUUGCAGAAUGGGCCGACAACACGACGGACUUGUCUAGUACUUGGACCACAAGGGCAGAAAGCCUUCAGACCGCAAUCAACAAGUAUUGCUUCGAUGACAGCUACGGUGCCUUUAAGGACAACGCUACAGACACAAAACUGCAUCCGCAAGAUGCCAACAGCAUGUCCAUCCUCUUUGGCAUUGCAGACACAAACCGCGUCGCCAAAAUAUCCCAAAGACUGACCGAGAACUGGACUCCGAUCGGCGCCGUAGCCCCAGAACUGCCAGAGAACAUCUCCCCAUUCAUCUCCUCCUUUGAAAUCCAAGCCCACUUUGUAGCAGGUCGACCCGACAGAGCCCUGGACCUGAUCCGACGAUCUUGGGGCUGGUAUAUCAAUAAUCCAAACGGCACAGAAAGCACCGUCAUCGAAGGGUAUUUGCAAAACGCAACGUUUGGGUACCGAAGCAGCCGUGGCUAUUACUACGAUGCAUCAUACAUCUCGCACUCGCACGGCUGGUCGUCCGGUCCCACGUCGGCUCUGACAAACUAUGUGCUUGGUCUGUCAGUCACCGGGCGACUGGGCUCGACCUGGCAGAUUGCGCCGCAGUUUGGCGACCUCACAUCUGUGCAAGGCGGGUUCACCACGUCCAAGGGCAAGUAUCAGGCUGCAUGGAACAGGGACACUACUGAUGGAUCGUAUGAGUUGUCUUUUGACGUGCCUGAAGAAACCGAAGGGGUGGUCAUCCUGCCUUCGCCCGGUGGAGGAAAGAAGACGAAAUCGGUGACAUUAAAUGGAAAGGCGCUGAAAUGGGCAAGCAGCGAUGAAACAAAAACGAUCUCGAUCAGUUCUGGGGGCGCCUAUCGGAUCAGAAGGAGAAAACCCUGGAUCGAAUCCCCGCUGGUUGAAUCAACAGCACUGUCAAAUAGCGCUGGAUGUCGAGUGUUCCUAAAGCUAGACUCUUUACAGCCCUCGGGGAGUUUUAAAUCAAGGCAAGUUCUAUUAUCAACCUGCCUUACUAGUCGACGCAUAGCUAACGCUUUGCAUAAAAGAGGAGUCGGAAAUCUGAUCCUCACCCACCUGCAGGACCCAGCCAACCGAGGAAAACAGCUACACUGUUUUAUUUCCUCAGGAGGCAAUGCCGGCCUCGCCGCUGUGAUUGCAGCACGGGAUCUCGGCUGCCUGUGCACAGUCGUAGUGCCUCUGAGCACCAAGCCAAUGAUGAUUGAAAAGUUGAAAGAUGUCGGCGCGACAGAGGUUAUUCAGCACGGAGCGAGCUGGUUUGAUGCCGACUCCUAUCUCCGUGAGAGAUUCUUCAACGACGCAGAAACAAAAAAUAGUAGUAACAAUCUCUACCUCCCGCCGUUUGACCACCCGUAUGUCUGGAAUGGGAAUGCGACCCUGAUUUCUGAGCUGGCUGGUCAGCUACCCCCUCGAGGAGAAGAUGAGGAGGAAAGCAGGUUCCCAGCCGAUGUGAUUGUGUGCAGUGUUGGAGGCGGUGGACUGUUCAAUGGCAUUAUCCAGGGACUCGACGAGCAUUUCAAGAAACACCCUUCCACAUCAAAAAACACAAAACCCGUGGACGUUCUCGCUGUUGAAACCCAAGGAGCGGAUUCGCUGGCAUACUCGUUGCAAAAAGGCUCGCUCCAGUCUCUGAGUGCGAUCACAUCCAUGGCCCACUCACUGGGUGCGCUCCAGGUGGCUCCACGCGCGUUUGAGAAUGCGCACUCGCCGCCCGAAGGAAUCAAAGUUACGAGCGUGGUUGCAUCUGAUGCUGAAGCUGCCAGGGGCGUGGUUACGUUUGCUGAUACGACGCGUAUGCUUGUUGAGCUGGCGUGUGGCGUCUCUGUCGAUGUGGCUCUGGGGAAGCGGCUGAGAGAAGCUGUGGGAGGGGAUUUGACUCCGAAUAGUCGGGUGGUGAUUAUUGUCUGUGGAGGAUCUAAUGUCAGUCCGGAAAUUGUGGCAGAGUAUCGAGAGCGGCUGAAGAAUGGGUGGGAAUAA